CUUUGAAUACAUGCGGUAUAAUAUACUCAAAAUAAAUCUCUUUUGAAACUUUUCCCUUUUCACUAUACGCCGAAGACUUAGCCACCGAUGAAGAUGAGCAGAAAAACCGCUGCUUCUGCCACUAAUCUGAAUCGUAGAAGACGAGUUGCUUCUCCUGAAAUCGGUAAUUAUGUUCCACCAUUCUCUUAUUUCUGUUCGAAUUUCCAUUGUUUCAGUGGCAAUGAUCGACUCCUUUCACCUGAGCCGCCCAGAUUAGAUUUCAGUAGCAUUAAAGAAUUAGAUAAUGCUAUUCAGUUGUUUCACCAAAUGGUGAGAAUGCGUCCACAGCCUUCUGCUCGCAUGUACAACAAUCUCUUGAGUGUUAUUGCAAAGAUGAAGCAGUACUCCUUUGCCCUCCACGUGUUCGAUGAAAUGCGUCGAAUGGGUGCCCCUGUGAAUGGCUACACGAUGAAUAUUGCGAUUAAUUGUUAUUGUCUUCAAGAGCGUGUAGGCUUUGGUUUCUCUGUAAUGGGCAUUCUCCUCAAGAGCGGUUUCGAACCAGAUGCGACAACUUUCAACACUCUCAUUAGAGGACUGCUUUUAGAUGAUAAGGUUUCCGGCGCAGUGGAAAUGUUUGAAAAUAUUUUGAGUUUUGGAAUCUGCAAGCCUGAUGAUGUUAUGAUUCUGACGAUCAUAGAUGGGCUCUGCAAAUCUGGACACGUUCUUAUUGCCCACGAUUUGCUUCGUAGACUAGAAGAAAAAAUUAGGUGGAGACCCAAUGUUAAGGCUUAUAACGCAGUACUUGAUGGGUUAUGCAAAUGUGGAAUGGUGGGUGAUGCUUUCCAGCUCCUAUCCGAGAUGGUAGGUAAGGGUGUUUCGCCUACUGUAUUCUCGUAUAAUUCAAUGAUUCAGGGUUUGUGUGUCGUUGGUAGACUGAAGGAUGUUCAAAACUUGCUGAAUGAAAUGGCUGAUUGUGAUAUCUCUUUGGAUGUCGUUACUUUCAGUAUAUUGAUCCAUGCGUUUUGCAAACAAGGAAAGAUGAAUGAGGCCGAGGAUUUGCUGGAAAAUAUGAAGCAACAAAAUAUUUUUCCUGAUGUUGUGGCUUAUAGCACGCUAAUAGGUGGGUACUGUUUGCGAGGUGAAAUUGAUAAAGCGAAACAAUUAUUUGAUUCUCUUGCAGACAUGGACCUCAAGCCUGAUAUUGUUUGCUAUAACAGCUUAAUAAAUGGGUACUGCAACAAGGGAAGAGUGGAUGAAGCUUGGCUUCUUUUCCUUGAAGUUCCUUGUAAAGGCUUGAAGCAUAAUACAUUUACUUAUAGUACCAUGAUACAUGGACUAUUUAGUAGCGAUAAGUUUGCUGAUGGCUGGAAGCUUUUCAAGGAUAUGAAAGCCCGACAAGUUAGUCCUAACUUGAUUACUUUUAAUAUACUAUUGUAUGGGCUGUGCAGGAAUGGGGAGAUUGAUGAAGCUCUUUCAUUACUGCGCAUGAUUGAAGCGAAAGGAGUUAAUCCUGAUACAGCCUCGUAUGCUACUCUUAUCAAUGGAUUAUGCACACAUGGAAAACUUGAUGUUGCAAGAAAUCUUCUUGACCGACUUAAGCCUGAUAUUAAGUACUAUAACAGCUUCAUAAAUGGAUACUGCAAGAUGGGAAGAGUUGAUGAAGCUUGGUUUAUUUUCCUUGAAGUUCCUUGUAGAGGUUUGGAGCAUAAUACACAUACUUAUAAUACCAUGAUACAUGGAUUCCUUAGUAAAGAUAGAUUUGUUGACGCUUGGAAGCUUUUUAAGGAUAUGGAAGCUCGACAAGUGAGUCCUAACAUCUUUACUUAUAAUAUAUUAUUGGAUGGGUUAUGCCGAAAUGGGGAGAUUCAUGAAGCUAUGUUGUUAGUCAACAAGAUUAGAGAGAAAGGUGUUAAUCCCGAUUUAGUCUCGUAUGGUACUCUUAUCUAUGGAUUAUGCAAAAAUGGAAAAUGUGAUGUUGCUAUAGAUCUUCUCAACCAACUUUAUUCUACAGGUCCACAACCUGAUGUUAGAAUCUAUACAAUGAUCAUUAGCUCACUUUGUCAAGAAGGGUCAAUGGAGGAGGCAAAACAUUUGUUUGUAGAGAUGGAGAACCGUGGUUGUGCACCCGAUAGUGUGACAUACAACGUCUUUUUCCAUGGUUUGCUAAAGAAAAAUGAACUUCAUAAGGCAAUAUUAUUUUUGGAACUAAUGCAUGAAAGAGGGUUCUCAUUAGAUUCUACUACUCUCUCGAUUCUGCGCAAUCAAGUGCAAAGACUGAGUGAAGAUCAUUUUCUUCUCAAAUUGAUGAAGGAUGUUUUGACCAAAAUUGGAGUGACUCAGCUUGAACAUCGUGGCUGAUCUGCAGGGGUUUCUAUUGAGUUUCACAGCCACACAAACCACUAUUGACAUUAAACUAUGGAUCAUACUGAGACAGCAAAAGGAGAAAACAGCCAAUUUCUCCCAGCUGAACAUCGAUGUUUCACAUAUUAGGACGUCAUUUCUGCUCACGGUGAAAUGGGUGUUUUUUAUGUUACCUUCUUCAAGGUAAGUGAAAGAACUCAGGUUGCUUAUAACCUUCAACCAUUCUCAAGGAGCCAGACAGAUCUGCAUUUUUCUACAUGCUGUGUUGUGAACAACAUAAAUGAUGGAUAUGGAUGUUGUGAAAAUGGUGAUUUUCAAAUGGGAGAAUUGCUUUCUGGAGAGGGAGAAGACGAAGUGCAGCAAAGCCAAGAUGAGAAAGAAGAAAGUGAUGAAGAUGAUGAUUCAACUUAUUGUCAUCAAUAUAUAAACCCCUCCAUUUCAUGCAAUUUAUACAUUCAUCACUACUCGAAGCUAAACUACUGCAAUUAAGUAAUAACGACAUAUGACUUCUACAAAGACUAAUAAGAUAAUGAUGGCCCUCUUCCUCGCGGCGUGCAUGGCCGUCGCCGCCGUGAGCUCCGGCGGACCCUCGGCGGUCUUCGAUAUCUGCGCUGCCACGAACUUCAAGGAGACCUGCCAAAGGAGCCUCGCCGGAGCCACCGGCACUCAACCUAAGGACCUUAUAAAGACGGCGCUGGACGCGGCAGCCGUGGAGCUUCACAGCGUCGCUAUAGAACGGCGUCGUCGGACGAGAUGACGCAGGGGGCGUUGAUGGUGUGUGAAGAGAUGCUCAACACCGCCAUUGAUGAUCUUAUAAGGUCGUCCGACAAAGUGAACAAGAUCGAAAUGGGACGGCUGAGCUACAACAUCGCCGCCAUGAGGAACUGGCUCAGCGCAGCCGUCACGCACAAGGAGAAUUGCAUUGAUGAGCUCGAGACCACUGCAGGUGAGAUCGGUGAGAAGGUGAAGGCGAUGCUGGAGACUUCAAGCGAGUUGUUGAGUACGUAACGGUCUAGCAAUGAUUGCCAACACCGAACCAAAGCUACUUGGAGAAGAAAUUCCUCCUUCCGAUGCGGAUGCGGUGCCGUCACUGCACUGCAGGCGGCUGUGGCUCAGAAUGUGACGGCAGCGGGCAGUUCAUGACCAUCAACGGCGCCCUCAAGAGCUUGCCCCAAAUGAGCGACGCACCGGUUGUGGUUUUGGUGAAAGCCGGUGUUUACAAGGAGUAUGUUGUGGUUCCCAAGGGAAUGAACAACGUUGCUCUCAUCGGAGACGAGCCGUUGGCCACCGUGAUCUCCGGCAGCAGGGGUAACGCUACUGAUUAUAGGACUUCUUACUCUGCAACUCUCACCAUCAGAGGAGAAGGGGACAUCGGGAUCGAGAACACCGCCCCGACAAACCAGGCCGUGGCGGUCCUAACCGCCGGCGACAAGGCCGUCUUCCACAACGUCCACAUCGACAGCCUCUACGCCAACUCGUACCGGCAGUUCUACCGCGACUGCCGCAUCAGAGGCACCGUGGACUUCAUCUUCGGCGACGCCGUGGCCGUCCUUCAGAACUGCACCAUCACGGUGCGCAAGCCCCUCCCCAAGCAGUACUGCACCAUCACCGCACGGAGAAGACCACCGUGAUCCAAGGCGACAACAUCACGGCGGAGGACAGGGGUGGCCGCCGUGGAAUAAGAGCAACUUGGCCCUCGACACGCUCUUCUACGGCGAGUGGGCCAACAAGGGAGCCGGGUCGGAUCUCAGAAAUCGGGUCAAGUGACGCUGGAGAUUGCGGAGAGCUUCACUGCUGGGAAACUGUUUGUGGAUGAUGAGUGGGUCAAGAACACUGUGUUGCUGGAAUGCUGCCUACUGCUUAAUUAACUACAUAGCUACCUACGUAUUGAUUAAUUAGUUAUUCAUUAUUAAUUUAUUAGUGGUAUCUAAUUAUAUUUUGAACACCUUGAUAAUAUUUUGUUAAUAUGUUAAUGAAGAUGCAUGGUGUUUUAAUGUUA